CACGCACGCAUAUAUGUGUGUAUAUUAUAUUUCUUGUGUCCUUUUUCUUCUCUCUCGUUAUAUCCCUUUCCCUUCCCUUCCCCUAUAUAUUUAACACCCUUCCACUCCAAGUCUCGCCACAGAUUCUCUCUCUAGACCAACCGUGAUUAUGUCAAACCACGGUUCACCUCGCUACGAACACGAAACAGAUAUGGAUGUUUCUUCUUCUUGUUGCGGAUUUCGUGGUUGUUUUAGGUUCUUCGGAAGCGCAUAUAGGAAAAGCGACGACAAUGUUUACGAACACUUGGUGCUGCAAGAAGGCAUAGGAAGAAACAAGGAGACGACAUGGUGGAGGAAGAAGCUGAACGAGGCUAAGGAGUACACGGAGGUACUCGGCGGUCCCAAGUGGAAGAACUUCAUCAGAAAGAUUGGUGGAUACUGCGAGAGGCAAAAGAAUAGGUUAUGUCGAAAAGAGAAGAAUACAGCGUUUCCGUACGAUAUUCAUAGUUAUGCCCUCAAUUUCGACGAAGGUGUGGGCAGAGAAGGAGCCGAUGCUGUUCUUGGCUUCACAGCAAGGUUUGCAGCUCCUUUGUCCAACGAACAUGGUUCCAUGGGCGGACCCGUUCAUGGAACCGAUGAAUCAGCUUUCGUCAAAUCCAGAGGUUAGAUUCGGCCUCGUCUGUGCUGUCAUGUUUCCUAUUUCGAUGAGGUUUUAUUGCGCUGUUCGAUACAGAACAAUCUGUAUGCUGUUCUCAGUGUAUUUUUUGCCUUAAAAUUUCAGAUUCACAUUAACGUACA